AUGGCAGCCUCGUCGACAAACGAUAGCAUCGAGCGUCUUGACGAUAAAGCGCGGGCUAGGUAUGCUGAUGUCGAGAGACAGCCUGCGGUUGAGAGUGACGAGCCUGACAAAGUCGCGCCGAAGAGCUUGGGAUCUGGAACUGCCCUCGCGAUUGGCGUCUUCGCGACAACACUGACUACGCUCUCGCUGAGUCUGAUGGAGUGGCGCGGCGUGAAGACCAACAACGUCUUCGUUGCCAACUUCUUCUUCGCAGCGGCGUUCGGUCUCGUGGUUACUGCGCAAUGGGAGCUUUCCGUCGGCAAUGGGUUUGCAUACACGGUGUUCAGCGCUUUCGGUAUGUUGAGGAGUACAUUUCAAAUCGGUUUGAUGCUGAUCAUGCAAGGCUUGUUCUACGCUGGCUAUGGAGCAAUAUUGACCCCGGCGUUUGGAGUUGUUGCAGCUUAUGGAGACAACACUACCGAGCUGAACAAUGCGCUGGGAUUCUUUAUGAUCUGCAAGUAG